UUUUGAAAGUUCCGCUAAUAAAAGUGAGCGCAAAUCUAAUUUUCCCGCCAGUGUUUUCCGCGGAAUUUUCACUUUUAUGGAUCCUUAUAAAAUGUAUAUUAUAUUUUAUCAGAAAGCAGCUAACGCUUUGUGAAGAUUUACCUGCUUACAGCUUUCGAAAUAAGAUACGGAUUGCUAAAUCUGCUGUCAUGAGAUUUUACGAAUUAUGAUAUGAAGCUUGUUUAAUAGGAUGUACCCAGAUGAAUCAUCUUACUCAUGGACCCUUAUGGAGCAGUAUCGGCAGAUCUAUUCGACAUACCAGCUGCGGAACAAGAAAUAACUGUUGGGUCUAAUGAUCAACCAAUUGUAUCAGGCAAUGCAAAUUUACCAGGAGUUGGACAUUCUGCUGUAUCUAGUGCAGGGACCAUCACCAUGGGAGCAGAUGGAACCCUACACUUUCAAAAGGCACCAUCUGGUCAACAAGGCCCACGCGUCAUUAUGUUGCAGAGGAGUGCCCCAGGGUCUGGACCGACUGUGCCAAACUCGCCGGUUCAACGCCCAGGAUUAAAGACUGUGAAGAUAAUUACUGUUCCGGGUCAAGGUGCUGGAGGUAAACCUCUAAAGGCAGCAGUGAUACCAAUGCAUAUGCUCCAAAGAACUGUCAAAAUACUUCCUGCUGGGAGUCAGCAGGUGAUAAAUUCCAGCGGCGCUACUGUAACAUCAAAUUUCCCACGUGUUCUUACCAUCCGUCCUCAGUUAUCUUCUGGUCCCACAGUCUUGACCGGUGCUACCACUAUUACACCUGUGAGACCUGGCACGCUGAUUUUUUCUGGUGCUCCGUCGACACAGUUCACUGGAUCUUCUGUCAACUAUCAAAGUUCUGAGGAUGUUGAAAAUCAAAUGAUUAUAGGGUCUGGAGGUGAAAUUAUUAAUGGAGCUUCUCACGGUGUUCUUACAACUUCUGGUUAUUACGAUAUAAAUAUGCAUAAUGCCGCUGGCUUCGAACACUCAGCCAGUUCGGCUGGUCGUGAGGAGGGUGAAGAACAAGAACAGGUUACAACCGGUCUGAAAACCAAUGGUCUUCGACGUUAUGCCCGUUGUGUUUGUAACAAGGUUAAAGAGAAAGGUAUAACUUCCUAUAGUGAGGUUGCUGAUGAGCUUGUACACGAGUAUGCUGCUGAACAUCCCAUGAUUCCAUCUGAACAACUUCAUUAUAUUCAGAAGAAUAUUCGUCGGCGCGUUUAUGAUGCAUUAAAUGUUCUAAUGGCCUUAAAUGUACUUCAAAAAGAGAAAAAGGAGAUCCGUUGGGUUGGACUGCCCGUAAAUAUGAUAGAAGAAUGUCGGCGUUUGGAAGAAGAGCGUGAAAAGCGACAGAUUUCUCUGCGGAAUAAAACUGUUGAAAUACAAGAUCUCAUCAUGCAAUUAAUUGCUUUUAAAAACCUUGUAAUGCGCAAUAAAAUCAAUGACCGUUGUAGACGUAAUCGUCCGGUUUCAGAAUCUAACACUGGUGGAUCACGUAACAUCGAUACUGAUUCAGAUAAAAUGACAUCUAAUGGUACUUCGAAAAUUCGUAACGAAAAGAUUCCUUUACCAUUUUUGGUGAUAUCCACUCACAGGAAAACUGUUAUUGACUGCAAUAUAUCUACUGAUAAGUUGGAAUAUUUAUUUAAUUUCGAUCAAGCCUACGAGAUACGUGAUGAAGUUGAUACCUUAAAACGCAUGGGUUUAAUGCUUCGCCUAGGUACUAUUCAUUGUACACAAGAGGAGUAUAAUCAAUGCUUAGAGUUAGUACCACCAUCUCUAAGAUUUUAUGUAGAGGCCAUUUACGAACGACGUCAGGCCAUUGUACCUGACUUUGAGGCGCUUCAUCAACAAAGAAGGUUAUUCGUCGAAGCCAGAUUAGCUGCUGCGGCUGCAGCCAGUCAUACUGAUGAAGGUGGUGACUCUAUGGGAUCCGGUGGUCAUGGAGGGCCAGUUAACGUGCAUCAACAGUUAGAUCACUCUUUACGUAGUAGUCAGCGAUCACCACUUGAUACCAACUCUCAUUACACUAGCUUGUUCGAUACAGCGAAUACAAAUGUAAAUGAAGGUGGUUUACGGCAACUUUAUUUAAAUCGAAGUCCAGAUGAUGAAGACGGUGGUCAUAUUUCUGGAUCUGUUUCUAAUAGUGGAUUUGUGCCUGGUGAUACUCAACAUUAUGCUCGUGCAGCCGCAUCUCGUGGUUAUGUUGUACCAGGUGGUCCAGGCGGGCUUUUACGCCAUCGGCAGCAUACUCCAUCUUCCGGAGUUUCUAGCAUUUUAAACCGUCAGUUUAGAAGUGAUGGAGCUUCUCGUAUGGGUUCGUCAACCUUGAUCAGAACUCUAAUUAGUGAUAGCCGUGAAAUGGCUUCUUCCGUAAUCGGCGUCAACAAUGAGCAUCCCAUGGCUCAUAGUGAUGAUACAAAUGAUGAACUAGUGGAUCCUGACGAGAUUAUUGAAGAUCAUGGUGAUGAAGACGAAGAUGAAGAUGAUGACGACAUGGAAGAUGUCUAAACAUUAAUUCUAAAAUUCAGAGACGAUAUUUUGCAAUAAUACCUUGUUUUUACCAAUUAUAUCUGUAUCUAUAUUACGUAAUUUUGUACAUCAGAUUUUUUUCAUGGUCAUAAAUAAAAGACAUCAAAAGUUAAACGGAUAGGAUUUCAAGAUUUAUGAAUUUAGUUUAUAAUUACAUGUUAAUUAUCUUAUUUAUUUCUUACUGAAAUCUUUGUAUUUGAGUUCAUUUUGGUGUAUUUUACAGUUAAUGGUUAAACGUACAUAGAUAGCCCUUCUUGUUGUUUACAUGUUCAUUUCUUCUUAUUUUCCCUUAAAUUAAUGUUUACAUUCACCCAUAAUAAAAUUUUUGUAUAUUA